GGCUUUUUUUGUCAUGGGACAGAGACAUUCAACGAGUCAACUGUCACGUUCAUUUGCUCGCAGCAUCCCUUCCCCCCUCACGCAGCCAUCCCUCAACUUUCAUAGCCAGAGCCCUCCCACACAACAGCGCACUCUCACAGCUGCCCAAAGGCUCCCCACAGAAAUCGCCACCAACCCCCAAGCCAAUACACCCAUCCCACAAACACCCAUCUCCCCGCGCCUCCUCAGGCCCCUCAACAGCAAACGCCGCCCCCCACUGCUGCAGCUGACACAUGACGGGGGCAGGCAGCUCAGCCGACGGCAUCACCCUCCGCAGCACCCCUUCUGUCCGCUCCCGCAGCGUCCCUGCCAGCUCUUCUGGUGGCUUGUAUUCCUUCCCAGGCACACUUGUGGGCGGCGCAAGGUGCGUGAACUGGUUGGCAUAGCCACGGGUACAGUGGGCCACGAGGCAGAGCAGCCCCUGCUGGCGGGGAAGGAUGACGAUCUUGGACAGAAUGGGGUCGUUCUCAACCAUCAGGCAGUCGAAUGGGACGGCGGCCUCCGUGGGAUACGCCAGCAUGAGGGUCUGCGUCUUGUCGCUCCUCACUUUGGCCAUUGCAUUCACCAGACGAUCAACGUCAGAAGGGACACCUUCCUUGCGCAGCGAGGCGCCGAGCCGCCGCAGCGAUGGGUCAAGGUCGAAUGACAGCCCGCGCUCCUCACCAGUAGCAACACUCGUCAGCAGAACCACACCAAAGCCCGCAUACACACCGUCCUCGUCGUCACGCAGCGAGAAUUCCCUCUUUGCGGGGUCGUAGGUGAUCUCGACGAGUGUCUUCGAGUAGGUCUGAGUGAUCCGCGGGUUUGAGCUAAGCAUUGCCUCACACCAGCUGUUCAUAUGUGGGCUGCCGACGUAUUGCGGGCCUUCAUCAGGGGCAUCCCUCAUCUCGCCGCUGGAUGCGUCGAGCACCAUCCUCCUGCCUUCAUAGCGCCCCAGCCCCAGCUGUCGCUCCACCAUUCUCUCCAGCACCUCGGUUGCCUCAUCACACUGAGCCGCAAAGAACGGCGUGCCGUGGUUGAAGGAAACCCCAGGGAGUGAGCGGCUGAAGCGCGUCGCUGUGCGGCCUCCUGGGCCCCUGCCGCAGUCGAAUACGCUGAUUGAAACGUCCUGCAGUCGGCUUAAGUGGAAGGCGGCAGAUGAGCCACAGACUCCAGAGCCGACGAUGCAGAUCUUGACGCCGCUGAGUGCGGCAGGUUGAGUCAUCUUCUUCUUGGCUGGUGCGAGUGAGGGGAGGCGCACGCUGCUGUUGCGGAGGAUGGACAGCAAGGGAGUUGCGAGAAACAGGGCGAGGGACAUCCACCGAUGGAUGAGUCAGCAACUGCAAGCGAGUCCACGGUGACUCGCUUGCGAGUCAGCAACUGCUGGGCGUAUA